GUGAGCAAUUUUUUUUUGAUGUGACAGUUGUGGGCCACCGUACUUUCCUCUUGGCUUACUAUGUAUCUUAAUCUCGGAAAGGGUGGAUGCGAACUUACCGAUAUGCUAACAACCUUUAAAAAUUGAAGUUUAAGGCAAUUAUUUUUAAGGUUUAAAAUGGAAGUGUAAGUUCAAAGGUUUACAUUCAGAGGGUUUUCUGUUCAGAUUUAGGGGCUAAUCAUAGGAUUUCGGUGACUGCUUAUUUUUCAUUGCUGAUGGCUUGUAUUUUACUUCGCAGGGACCCGAAAUUGUAGGACAAAAUGGGUAAACCACCUCAGCUCAGUGUCAAAAUUCCAAAGGAGGGAGAGCUCUCAACAGACGGACUAGAGUUUAGUGAGAAUUUCGUCAUAGACUUCCUACUACUGACAGUUAAACCGUGCGAGUUUCUGAGUUGUUAUCACUACCUACAAAAGCCUAAGCAAUAUUAUGCUAAACGAACCGGCUAUGUUUACGUUGGGAAAAUGGGAGACGAAGGUGAACAGGAAAAGUUGACAGUCGGUCUGAUGAAAUGUAACAUGGGCCCUGGUGGACCAGCGAUGGCUGUGCAAAAUGUAGUCACCACUUUGAAGCCUAAGGGUGUGUUCUGUGUGGGUUUUUGCGGGGGAAUGAAUGCCAAAAAAGCCAAGCUAGGAGACGUGGUGGUGUCAGCCAAGCUGAUCUCGUAUGCUUCACGUAAGGUUACAGAAGGUGGCAUCGAACUACGUGGUACAAGUGUCCCCUUGGGUAAGAAGCUAAAUGACCUCCUGAAAGAUGCGGGCCAUGGCUGGAAGCCACCACUAAAGAACAUGGAAGAAGCAGAGCCGCAAGCGGUCAAUGGCACGAUGCUGAGCGGCCCCGAGCUAGUAAAUUCCAAAAACGAACGUGAUAGACAGCUGAAGGAUUAUCCUGACGCGAUUGCAAUUGAAAUGGAAGGCGAAGGGGUGUUUACGGCAGCUCAUGAUCUCGAAAUAGAAUGGGCCGUCGUAAAAGGUAUAUCAGAUUAUGCUGAUGGAACCAAAGACUCAACCAAGGACUGGCAAUCUUACGCGAGUGUGAUGUCAGCGUCUUUAGUUGAUCAUGUGUUAAAGAAGCCCAGAAUUUUUAAAGACUGGCCCCGCUAUGGUGGAGAUAGAAAGUAUUCUAAGGGUUGAUUUAAUACUUAAACGAAGCUUAUACGGCGUUUAGAAAGUUGAAUGUAGUCUAAGCGGGUUGUAAAUAGUAUGUGCAAUUGUUAGUAUGUGUUGUGGUGGGUGGAGCUUGGGAAGGGAAGAAGGCCGCGUUACACCACAAUACUGAGUGAAACGUGUUCUAAAUAGAGUGUACUCGUAAAGCGCAAUGUCUCGUAAUGGUAAGAUUUCAAGUCUUCGCAUAGAGGAGGGUUGGUGUCUCAUGUCAUUAAACUAUAAAGAGAUACUAUAUAUGAAUGUCUUUAAGCGAUCACCCCUAACAAUGAGUUUGUAUGUCGAUGACUGAAGGCUUUUUUAAUCUUUAACUCACAAAGACAAAUUUGUUGGUUUUGACGGGUAUUGUAAACUGGUGUUUCGUACGUUGGUCCUUUGUCGUGCCAAAUGAAAACACCGUGAUUAGCACGAGUGUGGGUUGAUACAUAUCGUGGAGUAUAGAGAAACGUUUCGCCAUAGGAGAAAACUGACAUGGCAACAGACUAGCUAGAAACACAAAACACAUCACUGAUAAUUAUACAACGCAGGUUGAUGACAAAAGAAAGAUUGCCCAGCUUAAGCAUGCGGAUUUUUUCAUGGUAAUUUGUCACAGAAUAUAAUUGAAAUUAUCAUUGGCGCUCUUUAGUUAGAGCGAUGAUUUGUUAAUAUAUAUCGACUUUUGUGUCAAUAUUCGCAUUCGAAGUGAAGCAAACAAAUUAAAUUGAUAUAGUUCCCUAUUUCCA